UUCGAAGUUAUAUUGGCUAUAUUCGCAAAUUCGGAAAUUACUGCCGGCAACAUUCACAUUUAUCAAUCAAUGUAUAUAUAUUUUAUAACAUCAAUAACACCAAAUAAAUAUUUUCUAGAAUGGCAGGUAAAACAAUGAUUAAUUUAUCUAGAAUGUCCAAAAUAUUUCAACCUAUGACAACUGGUUUACCUGAUAUUUGUGACAAAACAGAAAUAUCUCAAAGUCACAAGUUAAUGAUUAAUUAUGGAAUUAUUAAACCAGUUAGCAUUGGCAUGUAUGCUUUGUUGCCAUUGGGAAUGCGGGUCUUGAAUAAGUUUAUAAAUCUUGUGGAUAAAGAAAUGACAAAUAUUGGUGCAGAAAAGAUAUUGCUUCCAGCAUUAACUUCUACCUCACUAUGGAAAAAAACUAAUAGAUAUGACUCUAACAAAGCCGAAUUAUUUACAGUUAAAGAUAGACAUGAGAAAGAAUAUAUAUUAAGUCCAACAUAUGAAGAAGCUAUCUGUGACUUAAUAUCAUCAGCAGGAAAUUUUUCAACUAAAUUAUUACCCUUGAAGUUAUAUCAAAUUUCUAGUAAAUGGCGAGACGAAAUGAAACCACGGCUUGGUUUUCUACGAAGUAGAGAAUUUAUUAUGAAGGACUUGUAUACAUUUGAUACUAAUUUGGAUAAUGCACAAUAUACAUAUGAUCUAGUUUGCGAGUCUUAUAAUAAUAUUUUUAAUCAAAUUGGUAUAAAAUAUGAGAAAGUCAUAGGUGAUGUGGGAACAAUCGGGGGCUUAGUAUCACAUGAAUAUCAUUAUAUAUCUAAUAUCGGCGAAGAUAUCAUACUUCAGUGCCCCUCAUGCCAUUUUUCUAUUAAUCAAACUAUUUCUAAAAUGACAAAUUGUCCAAAAUGUGAAAACAAAUUACAGCAACAUACCACUGCUGAGAUAGGGCACACAUUUUUAUUGAAUACAAAAUAUUCACAACCAUUAAAAGCAAUGUAUAUGGAGCAAAAUGAAUUGAAACCUAUGGUAAUGGGUUGUUUUGGUCUAGGAUUAAGUCGUAUUCUUAUGUUAACUGUUGAACUGUUAUCGACAAUUAAUGAGAUAAGGUGGCCAAUAAAAUUAGCACCAUAUACAGUAUGCAUUAUACCACCAAAGGCUGGUAGUAAAGAAGAAAGUGCAUCUAACUAUGUUGAACGAUUGUUUGAAAUUCUUUGCAAACGCGAUAUCGAUGCAAUAUUGGAUGAUCGUACACAAUUUACGAUUGGUAAACGAUUCGUAUUUGCGCGUGCAUUAGGCUAUCCUUACAUAAUUAUUAUUGGCAAACUUUCAACUCGACCGAUACCUUUAUUCGAAGUAUAUGACGUAAAUAAUUCGGUUCAUAAUGAAUUAUCAUUAGAACAGAUAAGUCAUUAUUUUGAUAAUAUAAAUUUAAAAAAUUAGAUAUGUAAAGAAAAAUAUGUACAGUAUACAUUUAGAAAAUAAAAAUGAGAUUCUAAUGU